AUGAGCAAUGAAGCGGCAGACCCGUUCGUCAACCGCGACACCCCCAUACCGGUUGUGUCGGUCACCGGCCCAGACGACCAGUCCGGACCAUCAUCUUCGAGAGCGCCCAGCAGCGACUCGCGACACCACCUCUCUGCCAGCAAGCUGAAGGAUAAACUUCAGUCUUUGGGUGAUGGCUCUGACCGGUCCGAGUCACCGAACCGCUUUUCAGAUAGGAUGUUCACCAUGCUGCUGUCUUCAGUGCUCCCCCAAGACCAAGACCUCGACGAUGAUGCGGCAACACCUCAAACCAAGGACCGUCGAUCACGGAAAUAUGUUGAUCGUCCCAAUUUCUCCCUUCCACAGAUGUCCUCCAACUUCCGCCGCUUCAAUGCCCGGAUAGGAGUGGCUUUUGUUGCGCAGAACCGCGCCAUACGCCUCUUCACCUGGCGCCAACCUAUGCAGACCCUCUCUUUCCUCUUUGUAUACACCUUCGUGUGCGUCAAUCCUACACUGGCCCCAGUCCUACCCCUCGCCUGCUGUCUAUUCUUCAUCAUGGUCCCCGCCUUUCUAGCUCGACAUCCACCUCCACCUGCCUAUCUCCCCACCGACUUGUACCCGCUGGGUGGGCCACCGCUAGCGGCAGCUAGGACUAUCAAGCCCGCACCUGAACUCUCCAAAGACUUCUUUCGUAACAUGCGCGACCUACAGAACGCUAUGGAAGACUUUUCCCGAGGCCAUGAUACCGUCGUGCAAUUCAUUACACCCCUCACCAACUUCUCGAACGAGGCUCUGAGCUCCACGCUCUACAUCAUACUCCUUUGCACCUCGGUCAUGCUCUUCAUAUCCGCGCAUUUACUACCUUGGCGCUUCAUCUUCCUUGCAAUAGGUUACGCCAUAACGAUCCUCGGUCACCCUACUGUGCAAGAUCUCCUCGCGACGCCAGAAAACGAGCGUCUGUUAUCUGAGAAGGAACACGAGGGCCGAUCAUUCUUACUCAACAUCUCAAGAGACAUAGAGCUCGAGACCGACCCGGAAAGGCGCGAAGUAGAAAUCUUCGAGCUCCAACAUAGGCCGUUGCAUGACACAGAUGGCGAAUACGAGUCGUACAUCUUCAGUCCGACGCCGUAUGCACCACUAGCACCGUCCCGCAUCGCAGGCGAUCGUCCUAAGGGGACGCCGUUUUUUGAGGACGUGCAGCCUCCGCGCGGCUGGCGCUGGAGCGACAAGAAGUGGGUGCUGGAUCUCCUGUCCCGCGAAUGGGUCGAAGAGCGUAUGGUCACCGGGGUAGAAGUCGAAAUUGAGGGCGAACGUUGGGUUACGGACCUCCACUACGAAGAUCUGGAUGAUCUUCGAGAAAAGGAGUUCAGUAUGAAGAGCGGAAAAAGCGGAAAAGAGAGGAACAGGCUGAAGAAGAGAAGUGUGGGUGGCGUGGGAAGCGAUUCGGAGAGGGAGGUGCUGAAGCGGGCAUGGGAGAAGGGGAGGCCGAGUCGGAAGGGAGAGUGGAGGCGCAGGAGGUGGGUGAGGGGGGUGGAGAGAGUACCUCUUACUGCUUCUGCGGAAUGA